UGAUAAGGCUUCCUGAGCGUGUGAUGACCGUUUUUAUCGAACAAUCUCAAAGAUUAUGAGUAGUCAAAGGAGAAAACGGAAAAACUCGGAUCGGCAUGAGUAUCCGAGUAAAAUUGCCAAAAGUUCUCUUUCUCAAGCCAAUUCGUCGACAGAUGAAGAUAUCACGGAGACCGCUACUGGGAAAAUAAAGCGAAUAUUUGUGAGAAAUUUUAUGUGCCACGAUGCAUUAGAAAUACUCCUCAACAAGAACGUGAAUUUUAUCGUUGGGCGUAACGGCAGUGGUAAGAGUGCCCUUCUAACGGCCUUGGUCGUAGGACUUGGCGCAAAAGCUAAUGCCACGAGCAGAGGAUCUUCUGUCAAAGAUUUUGUCAAGAAAGGGAGGAACAGUGCGGUCAUCGAAAUCACUCUUUGCAAUGAAGGACCCAUGGCUUAUAAACCGGAGAUAUAUGGUGACAGUAUCGUCGUUAGACGUACAAUUGGAUCUGCUCCCGGAUAUAAGAUAAAAAACUCAAACGGUGAAGUAGUAUCCUCAAAGAAGGACGAGCUGGAACGUAUCAUAGCAGAGAUGAGUAUUCAAGUCGAUAACCCUAUUUCGAUCCUGAAUCAAGAUGUCUCGAGGACAUUUCUUGUCACUGCUGGACCCAAAGAAAAAUAUCAGCUAUUUAUGAAGGCCACCAAUUUGGAGAAAAUUGGAAGUAAUUAUAAAAAUGCCCAAGUAGCAAGUGAAGAGACUAAACAACGAUUAAACGAGAGCAAAGAGCAUCUAAUUGCCACGAAAAAAGAAAUCGAUGAACUCGACAAAACUGUUCAACAGUUGGAGUCAAUCGAAGGAGAUCGUGCUCAACGUGAAGCCUUAAACAGUGAACUGCACUGGGCACUUGCAAUUGCAGAAGAACAUAAGCUUAGCCAGAUUCAAACGAGGUUGGAAGAGCAGCAGAACAAUGUGGAGAAUCAUAAAGAAGAAAUAAAGACAAAAGGGAUCAAAGAGAAAAGGAUAAAAGCAAAAAUUGAUGAAUUCAGAGAGAAAAUCCAGGAAAUUAAAAAUGAGGCUGCAGGCAGCUCAGAAGCAUAUGCAACGGCAAAACGAAAACUUGUCUCGAAGAAAGAAGCUCAUUCUGCGAAGCACAAGGAAUUAGUAUUGGCACAAAGUAAAAUGAAACGGAUGCAACAGGACAUUAACGUUUUACGUGCAGAGAUACAGCGGCAGGAGGCUGGCAGCAAUCAAGUUGAGAAUGAGAAACGCCGAGUUAGGGAAGAAUUGGCCAAACUGGAAGAGCAAUUGACCGAAGUUGACGCAAUGUUGCUUACGAAACAGACGGAUCAAAUACAUCUUAAUAGCAAUUACAAUCACCUGACUCAGGAAGAGCGUGCUUUAAAAGAACAGCUUGACCAAAAUGACACGAUAAUUAAACAAAAGAAACGACAGUUGAAUGCUUUGAAGCAGGAAUCUGAUAAUGCUGUGACAAUUUUUGGUCACAAUAUGCCACGUCUUUUGCGUCGUAUUAAAGAAGAAUAUGACAGAGGAAGGUUUAAAGAAAUGCCGCGUGGUCCAUUAGGAGCUUAUAUAAAAGUUAAUGAUCAAUCAUGGGCAGCAGCGAUCGAAAAUUUUCUUGGCUUUGCAACGCUGCGUUCUUUCUGCGUGGAUAACAUGCAGGAUGCGAAGAUAUUGGGUCAGAUAAUGAAAGAAACCUUCGGGAAUGAGCAUAAUCCACAAAUUUCUAUCAGCAAAUUUUUUCACAAGAUCCAUGAUGUGAGUCAGCAUUGCACACGCGCGCCUGGAUUCAAAAAUCUAUUGGAUAUGAUGGUGAUAUCCGAUCCUGUUGUUGCUAACUGUUUAAUAGACCAACGAGAGGUUGAAUGUAUUUUAUUGAUACCGACUAGCCAAAAGGCCAGUGAAAUGUUGUCCGACAGACGUACAGUCCCUCGAAAUUGUAAAAAGGCCAUAACGCUGCAGGGUGAUGAGUUCUAUCCUGAUCCAAACUACAGAAGCUAUGGCGGACGACGUGGAAUGAAGGCAAAAUAUUUACAAGUGUCGACAAAAGAAGCUAUUCAAGCCUUUGAGGAGGAACUAAUCCUUGCUCAAGAACAGAGAGCGACAAUACUUGGCGAGCACAAGCAGAUCCAGGGGAAUUUACUCCAAGCUAGAACCGAUCUGGAUCAAGUUAACAAAAACAUUUCCAGACUUCGCUCAAGUCAAUCUAAAAUAAAAACAAAGAUCAACGAGCUUCACGACAAGUGUGAAAUUGAUGAAUCUAAUUCUAUCGCUGUAUUCACGACGGAAAUGAACGAGUUGAUACAACUAGUAGAAAACGAUUCGCAAACAGUCGUGCAACUGAAGCAGGAAACGGCUGGAUUACAAAAAGAAGUUGAAUCAUCUGAGACGGCAGUAAAGAGGUGUAGGGAUCUCAUGUAUUGCCUUGAUAUGAAGCUUGAACCAAUUCAGAAAUUGAUAAGGGAACAAGAGAACGAGCUAGGAUUGUUGAGUAUGAAUUCGCAGUACGGAGAACGAAGAUUGUUAGAAGCUCAGCAAGCUCUACAAAAACUUACCGCGGAUCUUGAAAUACAGCAGCGUGUCACUGGCAAAGCAGUAGCAGAAGCUGCCAAACUUUCUGCUAGAAUUAACACACGAAGAUCGGCAAAGACAAUCAACGAGAAGCUAGAAGAAUUAAGGGUCACUAUUGAAACGGCAGAGAGACAGUUUGGUGUUCUAGACCAGAUUACUGCUGAAUUAGAAGAAAAAAAGAAAAAGUAUGAAGAGGUAUCGGAAUUUGCUUCUGCCUUGGAAAUCAGUAACGAUGAACACUUGAAACGAUUAGAGGGACGAAGACGCGUAUAUCAGGAAAUGAAAAAACAGAUUGGAAUUAAAGUACGCCAGUCAUUCCAAAGCAUUCUAGCUGUACGACAAUACAAGGGUAGUCUUACAAUCGAUCAUCAAAACCGACUGUUGGCUCUUGAAGUCAACCCUGCAGGCAGCGCCAAGAGGACAACCAAUGAUGCUAGAUCACUAUCGGGAGGUGAACGGUCAUACUCAACUGUAGCAUUCAUCUUGGCAUUGUGGGAGUGCGUUAAACUGCCAUUUUACUUUCUCGAUGAGUUCGAUGUGUUCAUGGACACGGUCAAUCGACGGACUAUUAUGGACAUUCUGCUAGAUCAUACGAGAAAUCACCCAGCACAACAGUUUGCGUUUCUAACUCCGCUAGAUACUUCGAGUAUAUUAGCCGAGGAUUUUGUAACCAUUCAUCAGUUAGCAGCUCCGGAAAGGACUGUAAAUGGUGAAAAUUGAAUUUAAAAAAAUGGAGAAACAAAAAGAUGUCAUAAAUUUCGCCAUGGGUCAGAGCAUUGAAAGGUUGGCUAUACCAUGUGUUAAAUUUAUAGAGUAUUUAUUACAGCAAGUGAUAAAAAAGUUCGAUUGAAUUAUGUUGACCAAGAUUUUUUUCACCAAAUCUUAUCAAACUAUCAGCCGAACAAUUUCCUUUCAUAUAGUAACUAUGUAAUCGUGAUAACAUUUUUUUCUCG